AUCUCGCCACGUGUCCUCGUGACCGUUCUCCAUCCCCACUAUCAUUUUGAGUAUACUUUGCAUCCUUCGAAUGUCAGCGUAUCUGGAAAUCUUUGCUGGAGACACAAUAAAACACGAGAAAGAAACGAAUGCAUACGACUUUACACGCUCACUGAUAUCCAAACAUGGACCCAUCUUCGAUCUUCCAGCACUUCCUGAGCUGUUAUCAGAUGAGCAGCGGGAGAUUCUACAAGACCUCAAUAAAUCUUCGAAUCAAGACCUCCGUUUUGACCCACCCGUACCCCUACUUCUAGGUCGUAUAACUUUCGACCUAGAUCCUUCUCCCGGACUCAAUAAGACUCGUCAGAACUUCAUCUCUUUAUGUACCGGAGACAGAGGGCUCUGUAAAAGCGCGCCUAACAAGAAACUCCAUUACCUCGGAUGUCCGAUACAUCGAGUCGUCAAAGGGUUUGUCGCUCAAGGAGGCGACGUCACACGCAGCGACGGUAGCGGAGGAGAGACAUGGACUUGCCUUGGUCUUGAACACAAAACCUUAGUUGAGAAGGCCGGAUUACAAGUGCUUCCGCAGAGAGGAAGUCUCGCAAUGGCUAACUCUGGCGGGAAAAGCCCAAAUAAUACAUCGCAAUUCUUUGUUGUAUUAUCCUCCGAUGAUAAAAUACAUUCUAAAUUGAAAGGCAAAUAUGUUGUUUUCGGGCGAAUCAGAAAAGAUGACGAAGAAGGUGAUAAAGUAUUGGAAAAAUUAAACGAGUUGGGUGCUAGUGGGGAUAGCAAAGACGAAAAACCUCUGGUUCCUGUUUGGAUCGGUGGUUGUGGUGUUUUGUGAAUAAAUAAAAAAGGUCUGCGUCUGAGCUUUCCUGUUCCCAAACGCUGGUUUAUACCUGCCUACUUUAUCGGUAAAUCGCGGUCCCCAUCUUCUUCCACUUCAUAUGCUGGCGUAGUGACUUCAUGUGCCCUUUACUACCCAGAUUCCGUCUUGACGCCUUAAGAUUACGGGGAGAAUAUUCAAAGAUCCUCGGAUGUAAUCUGAUGAGACGCUCAUGUUUCCUCGUUGACUGGAUAGCUGUCAUAUCAUCACUUCAUCGACUGGAGAAUUUUACCAAGUAACGUUAAGGGUACGGCUUCCGCAAAGUAACUGACUUUCAACUCAAAUUCGAGUAUGUUCAACGACAUAUAUGAUGCC